UCUCUCGGCAUCCCAAAUCGUGUGGGAACCUCAACGCAGCCAUAACCAAGAGCACUUUGAAGAUAAGCAGGCGGAGUAGAAAUUACAAGGCACACUCCCUCGUUUCUGCAAAGCCCCGAUGACAGUAUUAAUAAUAGUUCAUUUGAACGCAGUAUCUUGAUUUCAUUGAAUGAUAGCGCGAGGUAUCUCUUUGCUUACUUGCCCGCAUCUGACUUAACUGAAUUAUUCAUUUUCCGCGUCAGUCGCCAGAUCUCCCUUUUCUGAACAUCAGAGCACGUAGUUUUUUUCCCUUCUUUUUUUUUUUUUUUUUUGUGUUGCUCAGACAGCGUGCUGACAAUCCUACGAAUUGCAGAGCUCGACAGGAGGCGCUUGGCAAGCAGUAUGAGCAAUUGGGAGGUGAGUAAACACGCAUAGGAUUGUUUCUGCCUAAUUGUAUCGGGCUCUGCGUCAUUUUUUUGUCUUGAAUUGGCCAAUAUAAGUUAAACAAGCCUUCAAGAAUUUUCGAUUGUACGAACUGGUUGUACGAACAGUAUCAUUUACAUUCUUUUUUUCUUCUUUUCUUUCUUGAACUGGAGAAUGCCGGAGUUGUUUUGCAGCGUUGCCAGCUGCCUGCCUGUUAGUCCCUGCUGUGUUGUCGCCGGAGUGGAUGCAGACACUAUCUUUAGUGUGUUUCAAACUAAAACGCUUCAUGGGGAUACAACAACCUUGGGAUCCUAUCAAAUAAGUUCGUUUUCUAGAAGUGAAGUCUGCCUGGAGGACUCUUGAAGGCUGACAUUUCAACCAACGGCUAUGCGAACGUCUGUGUAGGAAUACUGCCGCUCAUCACACUGCCAAUGCUCCGUAUCAAUUUAAAAGAAAGCGAUUCUUCUAUCGCUUUGGGUUGUUAAAUGAUAUACGGGGGAUUCUUGUAAAAAGCAAAAUGCUGCUGCUUGUUCUGUUGGCUUUUUCCGUGUCCAGUUCGUAUGCUAACUCGGAUUCUGACCUCUCUGCCGAGACCUGCAGCGCUUGCUCUUGCAUGUCCAUCGAGAACGUCCUCUAUGUGAACUGUGAAAAAAUUACGGUGUACAGACCUACCCAGCUCAAACCCCCGUCCUCCAGUCUCUACCAUCUAAAUUUUCAGAACAAUCUAUUGAUUAUUUUAUAUCCCAAUUCUUUUCUCAAUUUCACACACGCUGUGUCUCUCCAGCUGGGGAACAACAAACUGCAGAACAUUGAGGGAGGGGCCUUCUAUGGACUGAGUGCUCUGAAACAGUUGCACUUAAACAACAAUGAAUUAAAAGUGCUUCGUGCAGACACUUUCAUAGGAAUUGAGAACUUGGAAUACCUCCAGGCUGACUACAAUUUAAUCAAGUUUAUUGAACGAGGAGCCUUCAACAAAUUGCAUAAGUUAAAAGUCCUUAUACUGAAUGACAAUCUCGUUCAAAGCCUUCCUGAUAACAUUUUUCGCUUUGCUUCCCUGACACAUUUGGAUAUAAGAGGCAACAGGAUUCAGAAGCUGCCGUACAUUGGAGUGUUGGAGCACAUCGGGAGAAUAGUGGAAUUGCAGUUGGACGACAACCCCUGGAAUUGUACCUGUGAUUUGUUGCCCUUAAAGGCCUGGUUGGAAAACAUGCCCUAUAAUAUUUUUAUUGGUGAGGCGAUUUGUGAAACCCCCAGUGAUCUGUAUGGGAGGCUGCUGAAAGAGACUAACAAACAAGAGCUGUGUCCCAUGGGGACAGGCAGCGACUUUGAUGUCCGGAUGCCACCUUCCCAGCCGGAGAACGGACAAACAACAUCGAACGUCUCGCCCACGACAACACUGCGGCUCAUCACCAAAGCCCCCAAAACGACCAACCCCUCAAAGAUAUCAGGGAUCGUUGCCGGAAAAGCUUUCCCUGGCAAAAAUCUCAGCCAAAUUGUGUCCUAUCAGACGAGAGUCCCGCCCCUUUCCCCCUGCCCUCUCCCUUGCACCUGUAAAGCGCACCCCUCCGACUUCGGCAUCAGUGUCAGCUGUCAGGAGAGGAAUAUAGAAAAUCUGGCAGACGUGGUUCCGAGGCCAGCGAAUGCAAAGAAGCUACACCUGAGUGGUAAUUAUAUUAGAGAUAUCAGCCCGUCUGAUUUUCAGGGUUUUGAAGGUUUAGAUCUGUUGCAUUUAGGCAGCAAUCAAAUAGUGACAGUACAGAAAGGGGUGUUUGCAAAUCUGACUAACCUCCGCAGGCUUUAUCUAAAUGGCAAUCAACUCGAGCGCCUUUAUCCCGAGAUGUUCCUUGGGCUCAGUAACCUCCAGUACUUGUAUUUGGAAUACAAUGCCAUAAAGGAGGUAUUAGCCGGCACAUUUGACUCGAUGCCAAAUCUGCAGCUUUUGUAUCUGAACAAUAACGUGCUGAGAAGCCUCCCAGCCUACAUCUUCGCUGGCGUCUCCCUGGCCAGACUGAAUCUGAAGAACAAUCACUUCAUGAGUCUGCCUGUGAGUGGCGUCCUCGACCAGCUCAGAUCCCUCACUCAGAUCGACCUGGAAGGCAAUCCCUGGGAGUGCACGUGUGAUUUAGUGGCUUUGAAGCUGUGGCUGGAGAAGCUGAACGAUGGUAUCGCUGCCAAGGAGGUCCAGUGCGCCUCCCCUGUUCAGUUCUCCAACAUCGAGCUGCGCCUGCUGAAAAACGAGAUCCUGUGCCCCAAGCUCGUCGCCAGGCCCCCUUUCGUCAAGACCAGCCCCCCCUCCGCGGUCACCUCCAUGUCCCCGGCCGGCGUGGGCAAGGCGCCCCCCGGUGGCCCCGUCCCGCUCUCCAUCAUGAUCCUCAGCAUUCUGGUGGUGCUGAUCCUCACCGUCUUCGUGGCCUUCUGCCUUCUCGUCUUCGUGCUGCGGCGGAACAAGAAGCCGACGGGCAGGCACGAGGGCCUGGGCAGCCAGGAGUGCGGCUCCAUGCAGCUCCACCUGAGAAAGCACGACCACAAGGGCGGCAAGAAGGACGACCUGGGCGGCGAGACCUUCAUCCCGCAGACCAUCGAGCACAUGAGCAAGAGCCACACCUGCGGGAUGCGGGACUCCGAGUCCGGCAUGAAGUUCGCCGACUCCCAGCGGGGGAAGAUCAUCCUGAGGAACAGCGCUGACAAGGACAAGGACUCGUUGCACACGCUGGACCCCAGGAAGAGGCUGAGCACCAUCGACGAGAUGGACGAGUUUCUACCGGGGAGGGAGUCCAACAUGUUCAUCCAGAACUAUUUGGAUAACAAAAAGGACUUCAACAGUAUAGGGGUGAGUGGGUUCGAGAUCCGCUACCCCGAAAAACCGCCGGACAAAAAAAUGAAAAAGUCUCUUAUAGGGGGCAACCACAGUAAGAUAGUGGUGGAGCAACGGAAAAGUGAGUAUUUUGAACUCAAAGCGAAGCUUCAAGGAACCCCAGACUAUCUGCAAGUGCUAGAGGAACAGACAGCACUGAGUAAAAUGUAGGCCACCCAGCAUCCUUUCUUUUCCCCCUCAAUGACAAAAGUGCCUUCCAGAAAAUCUUAAUGACCAAUGGUUAACUGGACAAGUGUUUCCAGGGAGCAAAUUGACAUACGGUUAGUUGCCUCUUUUCCUUAGUAUUUAGUUGCUCCGUUGCAACACAACCUUUUUUUUCAAUGUGGUGAUGCCAUUAUUGAAUAUACUGUAGGAAUAUUCGACAUUGAACUGUACAAGACCUCCCUAAGAAACCAUGUAGUAAGUUGCUGCUAUUGAAAUUGGUACUUUCAGAUUAUCAUUAUUUUUUGUUUUUAAAAAAACCAAAAUCAUUAGAUUUGAAAACAGUGGUGAGUGUAAUGUACCUCUUGUUGAACCCUCAGUUGUUUUGUUUUGGGUGGUGGACAUAUGUGGUGGCGAAUUUUGUGUGAUCAGACAAUACCAAAAUCUGAGACUGUGAUGUUGGCCCGGGUAAGAAAUAGAGGUUUGGAUCUCCUUGUGUUAUAUACAUGUACCUGCUGACUCCAUCUGCUGUACAGUUUGGAUUUAUAGCUUGCCACAGCUGGGGGCGGGGAGGGGGGGGUUGGGGGCUUGCAAUUUGUGUAUUCAUUGGUAAUGAGAGGCAUGUAAAAAAAAAAGAAUACCAGUAGAUUUUCAAUUAUACCAGUAAAUGUUUAUGUAAAGAACCAUGUUAAUAUUGUUUAAAUGUGGUUCAUCUUGAAGUGGUUGGGCAAUAUACAUGCCAGGACAUUCUAAAGCCCAACCUAAACAAUUGCUUGCCAUGUAAGCAUACCUUGAUUUAAUUUUGUAAGUCUACAUUAUUUGUAUCUGUGGAACAGUUUGUAAAAUAAAAUGACAGAAAUCACAAUUGACACUUAAAAGGGUUAAAAAAAUGAAAAUAAUGGAAGACAGAAUAAGAAAAACAAAAAAAGCUAUGAUUGAUGACCACUGUCAACUGUCAAUUCGUAGUACAGUUAAUUUCAUAUUUAAUUUAUUUUUCUAUACAGGGUUAUUUAAAGAUUAUCGGUACUAUUUAAAAACUCAAUGGACAUUUAGAAUGCUUAAAGCGAUUUGAGUAAGAGCCACAUGUUUUGAAGUUUGAAUUGCGUUAUCAGAAUGAAAAUAUUUCUGUUUUGGCCUAAGUUCCUUUCCGAAUUUUACUGAUGGCUUGAAAUUAAGGGUAAGACGAAAAACUGUGUAAUAGUGGUGUAUGGCAUUUUCACUAUGUUGCACGAGCUGAGGUCUGAUUGUUUAACAAGUCUUUAAUGAUUUGCUAAUUCUUAUAUCCCAGAGUAAUUUGUAAAGAUUUAUUAUUACCAAUAUGCAACCAAAAUAAAUGUGCAUUAAAAGUGAUAUGAUUCUGGAUUGUAUGACUGAUUGCAAUGGAAAUUAUGCUGAGCGAGGUUAAAGUUUGUGAAUGGGAAAAUGCAGCUAUUGCUUGGAAUUGUGUGGCUAUCUGAAAUUAAAAUUAAAACUUUUCCCCUUUUUUUCUUUCUUUUCUUCAGAGCUACUGAUAUUCAGAAUCAUAUCACAUACCAGUUGCAAUAUUAAUAUGCACAAUCGCAUUUGCUUAAGUCCUUUAUUUUUCCUUUUUAUCCCCUUUCAACAUAAUUUUGUGGAGACAGCCUCUUGUGCUUUGGAUGCUUUCACCCACUUUAUUUUAUGUCCUUGUUCCUUGAAAUCUUUAUUUAAAAUAUGGUUAAGUUAAAGUUUGUGAAAUGAUCAGUAUUUUUUUAACUUCAAGUGAAUAGAAUGUACUAUGAAAGGUGUGAUCAUUUUUCUAUAAGUCAGGAGAGUACUGUAUAUUGGUUAGUUUUCAUUGUACAAAUCUGUUAAAGUCAAGGUAUUAAAAUCAAUGCCUAUUUG